AUGACGGCGGCCGCCGAUCACAGCUGGAUCAGCUACAUAAAGCUGGAACAUCUUUCAGAAGGCUUUAACAUCUCGUUUCAGUCUUCCCCUGCUCCCUGCAUCUGCUACCAUGACACUUUGUGUUGUAACACCAAUCAAACUAAGAAACCUCUUGUGAAAUUUAUAUUAUUCACAUUUGCAUCAAUUAACCCACCACAACCAGUAUCUUUGGCCAGUAUUUUCCAGUCAAUCUCUUCAUCUAGACUAACUGUCCCUCCUGUUGUCCAACAGAUCAUUCUUUUGGAUGAGGCAACAGCAUCCAUAGAUGCAGAGACAGACGCCUUGAUCCAGAACACCAUCAAAGAAGCCUUCAAGGACUGCACCAUGCUCACCAUCGCCCAUCGUAUCAACACUGUGUUGCACGCAGAUCGUAUACUGGUCAUGGACAACGGCGAGGUGGCCGAGUUAGACGAUCCAGAUGUGCUGAAGCAAAGACCAGACUCUCUGUUCUCCUCACUGCUCGCUGCUGUGAACACCUGA